UGGCGGUCACACAUGGAUCGCACGACUGUCAACCGUGGAUACUUGGCAUUCCAGAGGAAAUAUGGGAACAUAUUUUUAUGUCAUGUGUAUUAGAUCACGUCGAUCUGACAAGUGUUUCCGAUACAUGCAAAUAUUUUCAGAAAAUUUGCAAGAGCAACGAGUUAUGGCGAAAGAAACUACAACAAAGUUUUCCAGACCUGUACGACCAUUAUGACCGAGGAGUGCACAAGUGUUGGCGGGAAGUGUACAAGGGACGUGUGCUGUAUGGACGCAGAACGAGGAAUGUGGUGUCAGGGCUGUCGGCCGAGUACUUCAACACUCAGGAGAUAUCAAAGGAAGGCUUCUCGCAGUUUAUUGUACUCCUCGAGGAACAUGAUGAGUCGGGGAAUUACAUCAUGGAUGAACUCAUGAACAUAGUGCAUGAUGGGAAGAAGUGCCACAACCUGACAGAGAAAUACUAUGCAGAGAAGGUCUUAAGACAUUUAAGUCAGAUCCACCUGGCAACAAAAUGGCAGCAGUACCUCCAGUUACCGGAGGCCGACCAGAAUCUGGAGUUGGGUGCUGUGAUGAUUGCCCAGUGGUGCCACCCAACUAUCAGUGUUACCCAGAACUCCAUCAAUGACCAGCUGGACGAGAUAGCGCGGAUGGUGAGACGGGAGCUGUGUCAGAGGUCGCCGGACCACCCAGCAUGCAAUAUGGACCACAAUGCAGGAGCUAUUUCAGAGCAUCUGUGGUCACCUCAGCUAUGUCGAGUUGUCAUGGUGACGUUAAACUAUGUACUGUUUGACAAGCUUGGAUUCUGUGGCAAUGAGGAGAAUUACUACGAUCCAAAGAAUUCCUACAUCAAUAGAGUUCUGGAGAGGAAGAAGGGGAUUCCGAUUACGCUGUCCAUUGUCUACAGUGCCGUGGCGCGGAGACUGGGGGUCGUGUGUGAAGCUAUCAACUUUCCUUCCCACUUCCUGCUGCGAUGGCUGGAGCGGCCCAUAGCCCCAGUGAGUCAGCAGUAUGUGUUCGUGGAUGUGUUCCGGGGAGGGCGCUUCCUGCAGCAGGAUGAGUGUUGUGGUGCAGUGGGCAUCCCCGAGGGGCUCGGCUUCCAGAAGGAACACUACAUGUCUGUUCCACCAAAGAAGGUUUUGGAGCGGAUGGCCAGGAACCUGGUUGGUAUUGGGCGCCAUCAGAGUCAGCUUGGUGACGGACUGCUGUGUUUACGCAAUGCCCUCGAUCUCUUCCUUAUUAUCAGCCCUGAUGACCUAGAAAUGAGGCUGCUCCAAGUCCGCAUCAACCUCCAUCUCAACAUCAACCUGCCAGAUGUGAUUGACAGUUUGCAGCAUGUCGCUGACCUUGACCCUACACGUAUGGGGCUGGUGGCGUACCUGCUGCAGGAGGCCCAGGUUCACAUACAGGAAAACAAGGACACAGAAAAGAGAGAAAAGCCGAAGAGGAAGUUGCGGGAGGACAACCAGGAGGUGAAGUACUCUGUGGGGAUGGUGAUGAAGCACAAGAGGUACGACUACACUUGUGUGAUCUUUGGCUGGGAUGAGACUUGUCAGGCGAGCGAGGAGUGGAUAGUGCAGAUGGGUGUUCACAAUCUGACGAAGCAACACAAACAGCCUUUCUACAGCGUCCUUGUGGAAGAUGGCAGUAAUAGAUACGCUGCACAAGAAAACAUGUUGUACACGGACAGUCCCCGCGAGAUCCAGCACCCUGAAGUGGGUCGGUACUUCCAGACCUUCACAGAGACACACUACAUCCCCAACCAGGAGAAGCAGAGGGAGUACCCGGACGACACCGAUGUGACGCGCGCCCUCCUGCAGGAACAUUACACUCCCAACAUGUGAUCAGUGUAAUCACUGACAGUAGCAACAUGGCGCUGUGAUACCUUUGUGCUCUUCCCAGACGACCUCAUCAUGGAUUGUGCAUCUAGGAGAAUGGGUGCUUGACUGCCGACUGAUAUAUUUGACAAACACAAGUCCAUUUGGAAACUUUCUGUUCUUCAUAUUGUGCAGGCCCAGUUGUGUGUUCUUGCAGCAUGACUAUUGAACAGCUAGUUGCCGAUUUCAUAAUUCCCCUCUUGAGUGUUGGACAUUCAGGCUUUGCGAUUCAUGUUCACUUGUCUUAGAUUUGUGGGGAUCCUGGGUGAGAAUAUAAGACACCAGCAACCAGCAACCCAUGCUUGUUGUAAGACGUGACUAAGUGGAUUGGGUGGUCAUCGCAUUCGAGUUGCGUAGAUCGAUGCUCAUUAUGUCAAUAACUGGAUUGUCUGGGCCAGACUCAAUUGUGACUGAUGUCAUAUAGCUGGAAUAUUGCUGAGUGCGGUGUAAAUAACAAACUAGUCUUCUCUAAACACCAAACAAUAGUUAUCAUAGUGAAUAAUUCUAAGAAU